ACGUGACCGCGCCGCGGACGCGUCGACUGGAUAGAGUUGGCCACUCGAAAGGUUAAACAAAUACUACUUUACUUUGACAGCCCGACGAUCAUUCCGCAGGCUGGUUCCAAUGCGCCUCCAGCUUCGACUCCAGUUCUUCGCUGCGUCUCCUCACUUCAAUCUAGCAAGUGUCGGAACUGAGUUACCUGUGGAGACUGAACGUGCUUGUCCUGGUUAGUCACUCACUACAAAGUCACCCCUUGCGUAUAUACGCGGGACUCAGAAUAUAUCACCCCUUGCAUCCAAGUGCACUACCCGAAAUAAUUGCAGUUGAAGCUAUUUUGCGCGGCGCAAUCGCUCGGUGGGCGGUGCGUCAGGAAUAGGGUUGAUAGCUCCGCAUUGGACGUUCCCGCGCCAACACCCUUGACCCGGGCGGAGAUUAGAUCGUUCGGCGCUUGGAAUUGAAGAUCAUCUAUCUCUAUGGUUGGAGAACACGAACCCCUUCUGGACAAGUACCUUUGUCCAAUUGAGAGAACCUCCCUCUGUUGGUAGAUUCACCUCUGUAUUUCGUCGGUCGUGGUGGGCUGAACCCCCAAGGUGUCCAGUCUACACGACCGCGUCCUGCGCGAUUCGCUACCCCUCGAUCAGAAUGAGCGGAUUGCCGCACUUACAUGGGCGCCAACACGUGCAACAUGCGCAGCCUUCUUCUCUGCAGUGUGAUCCUCAGCACCCUGCCCCGGAUGCUCAUGCCAAUGAGCACUUGGAUUCAGGCACGUCUUCGAGCAAUAUAAGGCAGAAUAGUAGUCUGAUUUCAGAGUCGCGCUUUUCAAAUGUGCCCGCCAGCGGUUCAAUCGAGCCUACUCCAGAAUAUCCGCUGCAAGCGGCUUCUCGUCGAGCUUCCAAUUCAACGUCGCCAAAAGACGUCGCUUUCCGUUCACAAGAAGGGCCCUCGAGCGCAGAAUAUCCAACUAGGCAAACUCGCUCUUCAGCGAAUGCAUCACAAAUGCGACCUAUGUAUACACAAUUAACUAUAGGUGAUGCGACAGAGCAGAAGCAGGCUGAAUUCAAACGUGUGGCUCCAAGUGUGCACAACAAUGGUUUCACAGAAGUUCCAGAACCUCCAAGCCCGUCUGCAAUGACGGCUGGCCACAAACGUACUGCAACUGGGUCCAUCAAACCAUCUGUGGAAGAUCAGCCCUAUAAAUCAGGUGUAAUUGGUGCUGAGAGACAUCGCUCGAAGAGCGUAAGCUCAGCUACGCAUGGAAAUAAAAUUGCGGCGUUGUCUGUGCACCUUCGCACGCGUCUGUCAUACGCUGCAGCUAAAGUCGAGGCAAGUCGACGAUCUCAACGCUCCUUAAACAAGUCGCCAUUAGAUUUGCUUCAAGGGGACCGUUUCUCUUCGAUCCCAACCAUCGACCCGUUCGAACAGGUAGGGGGUGGACGUCAAGGCUCGGCGGAGGCUGGUUCUCUAGACGGCACUAUAUCCGCACCAGAUACACUACCAAAUACUCACCUCUAUUCUUCUAAUAACCAUAUGCGACUAUCUCCGACGGCAAAGUCGGAGGACUCAGUAUCGUCAUUGAAGAGUAAUCCACGGAAACCACCCACCACACUUCCCUCACUACACACUAUUCAGAGACUCGCUCCACCUGCAGAUAUUAUUCCGAAAAACGAUAGCAGUGGGCGCAGGCGCCCGAACCCAAACGAUCCGACUAGUCAGCCACAGAACGUUUUCUACCCCCGCCAUCGACGGCAUCAUUCGCACCAGAGUAUUAGUACAAUAAAACGAAAUUCCAGCUCGGAGACGGUAUUAGUUCCUGAAACACCUCCACUCCGACCAUUACCUUACAACAGCCUACCCGUUCAGCAAAACCAUUCACAAAACUCAUCCAUGGAACAAGAUGCCAUCGAGACACUGCUCUUUAUGUCCAGCCCAGGGCAUUCGGCGUACUGUUCCAAUACCCAGCCCUCCCGAAGUCAACCAAAUCAUACGCGACGCAGCAUGACUUCUUCUGCGCAGACUAAAUCAAGUGCACCUGGAAGCCAAAAUGCUCAUGCAAUUGUUGACACAACUCAGCCUACCCCUGGUUAUCGAGGUUCGAGCACGGGCUUAGAAGCUCAUGCCGGCGAUGAAAUCGACCGUCUUUUGGAUCAGAUGGACAGCGACAGUGACGACGAGAAGAACUAUCCCUCCAGCCACUCGAACAGCAUCAGCACUUGCUCCACGCCAAGUGGCAGUUCUCACAGGCGUAAACAUCGGUUUCGGUCUUGACGAUCUAAAAACCUACCAUGUCUAUCUAUAUUCUUAUUUCUAGUUCUUCAAACGUCUCAGCGGUUCUUAACUUGCCCUGCCCCCGUCUUUUGCACGGUGGACUCUCUAGAGAUGCAUAGUAGAUAGUGAUUCAUUUGGGUAUUAUUUAACAUCCCAAUGGCGUACGCAUGGAUUGGG